UGUUCCAAAUGUAAACAGAGACAUCACUCUAUGAUUCACCGGGAUCAGAGUGAGGGAAUAGCUCAGAUAUCUGACAGCACAGACACUACUGAGAUUUCUACUAAAUCUCAUGUGGCCUCUAUAAAGGCCAAUAUUUCAAAUGUGCCUACCAGUCGAAGCAUGCUCUUAGGUACAGCCAUGGUGACCAUAUGUCACAACGAGAGCACCUUCGCUGUCAGAGCCCUGAUUGAUUCGGGAUCUGAAGCCACCUUCGUAAGCAAUAGUCUGCAAAAACGCUUACAUCUGGCAACCAAAAAGGUCAGCGCGAGAGUUUUAGGAUUGAAUAAUACCGUAUCAGGACAAGUUCAAUCGGUAUGCUCGAUCACAAUUGGCUCGCCCCGUAACAAAGGUUUGAAACUAGAAGCGGAAGCUUUGGUACUGCCAAAAUUGACUGGACUGCUUCCAUCCAGAUCAAUUAACUCUUCAAUUUUAAAAAGGCUACCUAAUAUUCCCUUAGCGGAUAAUAAUUUCUAUACGAGUCAAAAGGUUGACUUGUUGAUUGGAGCGGAUCUUUACCCUAAAAUCAUACUAAACGGGGUAAAAUCGAAAAUCUUCGGAUCCCUCGUAGCACAACGUACAGUGUUCGGUUGGAUCUUUACAGGUUCCGUUCCCUCUGAAGAAACGAAGAUAAAUGGCAAAGGCGACGGACAAAAUUCAACAAUGACUCAACAACAAACACAAAACCAUUUUUGUAGUAAAAUUAAUACUAAUUUUAUAUUUUUACAACAGAAACCACGUCAGCAGCAUCAACAGCAGCAGCAACAACAGGAUCAGACUAACAAUGAUGGCGAAACAAAUGAUGCGCCCGGCUCAUCGCAUCACACCGAUACGCAUGGUGGCGCAUUUCGAGCUCCCGGCGUUGGGAUGCAAUCGCACAACGGUGACCACGUAUCUGGCAGUAGUUCGUCACAACAACAGAAUUCGAUGCCACACCUGCAGGCGUUCCACAGCGGCCUCCACUCGCAUCUGUUGCGCCGCCAACAACAUGCCGCAGCCGCAAUGCAACGAGAAUCCGCCAAAGCAAAAAGGCGAAAAAAUCGUGAUCCCGAUGAGCUCUUCUUGCUCUCACUCUACGAGGAGAUCAAACGUGUGCCCGAAGAGAUACAACUCGAUGUCAAGGGCAAACUCAUACAGGUGCUCCAAAAGAACCAGAAAAACCCACCGGUGAAACAUAAGAAAGCCCAAUCACAAAUGACUAAAUACAACUAUCACAGCACGCUCCAAUAACGCAUAGCAUGUAUCAGCUGCAAAAGAAAUAUGACGAGGCCACGACGUAUUCGGGCCCCUCUCAACCGUGUCAACCGACGUCAACAGUCAAGUAGCCGCAAAGCUCUGACCAACGAUGCCUCUCCAGCAUACCACACGCCCAAGAUCGAGCCAGACUCGAGUCGUCUCGCCGACUUCGGCGUGCUGGUAACUUCCUUUCGGAUUGGCGGCAUAGCAACGAUCGACUGAGACUCGAUUCGUCUCAGCGACAUUGUCCGGACCGAGCGGAACUCAAUUCGUUCCGCCGGCCACCCCAUCCGAAGCGAAGGCGUGGACGAGACACUCGUCGUCAAGCCGAUGCACGCCGUAUCAUCAAGGAUAGGUACGCAACACUACAGUCCAUCCACUGUUAUCCUCGCCUCCACGAUUUCACGAUUUUCACGUUUACAACGUCGUCCAUUACCACCGACGCCAGUAAGGUCUCUGGAAGACCACACAUUUCAACUUUUCCAGAACCUAAAGCUGGCAGACAACGAUUUUUCAAGUGCACUGGCUGCCAACGCCUCUCACAUUCACCACCUACCCAGGAUCGAGUUAGACUCGAGUCGUCUCGCCGACCUCGGAAGGUGGUGACUUCUAUGCAAAUUGGCGGCAUGGCAAUGACCGACUGAGGUUCGAUUCAUCUCAGCGGCAUUUCCCGGACCGAACCAGACUCGAUUCGACUCGUCGGCCACCCCAUUUGCAAAGUAGCCGUGGAAGAGGAAGUGCAGGAGCCAAUUAGUUAAGUUAGUUUUAAGUAAUUUAUUGUAAACUGCAUUUGCAGUAAUACUGCAAGGCGGGGAGAAUGUUGACGCCGCCCCCGCCCAAUGUCUUUUGCCACGUCUGUAUCGGCAGAGCAAUCUUUCUUUUCUUCUUUUUCGAAGUUUAAUUCGCGCGCAACUAAACUCUAACAAAAAGUUGCGCACUCUCUCCUUUUGCGACAAC